AUGAACUCUGAGUCUCGAGAGGAUAUGGCUAUAAAUAGUAUCAAGUUGUUGGCCGGGAACUCUCAUCCUGAUUUAGCUGAACUAAUAGCAAAAAGGUUAGGUAUCCCACUUUCCAAAGUUGGCGUGUACCAAUAUUCCAAUAAAGAAACCUCUGUCACUAUAGGUGAAAGUCUCCGUGAUGAAGAUGUUUAUAUUAUUCAAACUGGGAUAGGCGAACAAGAAAUCAACGAUUUUUUGAUGGAAUUAUUAAUUCUAAUUCAUGCUUGCAAAAUUGCAUCUGCAAGAAAAAUUACUACUGUGAUACCCAAUUUCCCAUAUGCAAGACAGGAUAAAAAGGAUAAAUCCCGUGCGCCCAUCACCGCAAAGCUGAUUGCUAAUUUAUUACAAACUGCCGGCGCUGAUCAUGUGAUCACCAUGGACCUUCAUGCCUCACAAAUUCAAGGGUUUUUCCAUAUCCCAGUUGAUAACCUAUAUGCAGAACCCAGUGUUUUGAAUUAUAUUAGGACAAAAACAGAUUUCGAAAACGCCAUUUUGGUAUCACCUGAUGCUGGUGGUGCCAAAAGAGUAGCUGCUUUGGCUGACAAACUAGAUUUAAAUUUUGCCUUGAUUCACAAAGAAAGACAAAAAGCAAAUGAAGUCUCAAAAAUGGUCCUUGUUGGUGAUGUUACCAAUAAAUCAUGUUUAUUGGUUGAUGAUAUGGCUGACACUUGUGGUACCUUAGUAAAAGCUUGCGAUACGUUAAUUGAACAUGGUGCGAAAGAGGUCAUAGCCAUUGUUACUCACGGUAUAUUUUCCGGUUCAGCAAGGGAAAAAUUGAAAAACAGCAAAUUGUCUAGAAUUGUCUGUACAAACACCGUUCCAGUAGACCUAGAUUUACCGAUUGCUGAUCGGAUUGAUAUUAGCCCAACUUUCGCUGAAGCUAUAAGAAGAUUGCAUAAUGGUGAAUCCGUAUCUUAUCUGUUCACUCAUGCUCCAGCAUAG